AUGGGCUCCUGGUACCAGAAGCAGUUCACCCUCCCCAGCAAGAGCCGCGGGUCCUACCUCAUCACCGACCACGUCGUCAGCUCGCUGCCCGAGAUCAAGAAUUACAAGGUCGGGCUGCUGAACCUCUUCAUCCAGCACACGAGCUGCGCGCUCUCGCUGAACGAGAACUGGGACGACGAUGUGCGCGCCGACAUGAGCGAUGCGCUGGACCGCAUAGCCCCAGAGGCCGGUGCCAAGGGGGAGGAGCUAUAUCGACACUCUGCUGAGGGACCGGACGACAUGCCAGCUCAUAUCAAGUCUGCACUUAUCGGCGCGAGUGUCACGAUACCGAUCCGGGACGGCAAACUUGCAACAGGCACUUGGCAGGGAAUAUGGUACUUGGAGUUUCGGGCGAUGAAGCAUCAACGGCGUGUUGUCGCAACCAUCCAAGGAGAGAAGGCAUAG